AUGGAUGAUAAUUUAAAAUCAAAUAUUACAUGUGAAUUAUAUGAUACAUUAAUAGAUCCAGAAUGUAAAAAAUCUAAAUUAUCUGAUGUUUGGGAAACAAGUCAUACACCUCCAUUAGAAUGUCAAGAAUAUGAUUCGUUAAAAGUUAAAAAAGAUCUAUACAAAGAUAUUACUACCAAUGUAGAUGUUGUUGUUGAUGAUGGUGAUGGUGAUAAUUUGAAAAAAUUCCAUGAUACAGAAAAAACUGUAUCAUGUUAUAGACAUACAGAUGAUUAUGAAAUAUAUCAUUCUAGUAUUGAAAAAGAUAUUUGUACAGAAUUGGAUAAUCCUAUGUACAUACCAAUUAAAUUACCAUUGAGUAGUAAUUUAUAUGUUCCAGUAUAUUAUGUACAGUCGAGUGAAGAAACUUCACCUAAUUAA